AUGAGAAUUUGUUCAAGUAAUCCAAGAUGGAAGACGGUGACAAUAAAGCCGAUGUUGGCCUGGAUAAAGAGAAAAAGUCGUAUGCCGGAAUACCGGAGGCAGAUUUUGUCGACGAUGUCGACGCUUUCAUGGCAAAGCCGGAGAAUAAAUCGGCAGAUAAAGUAGUGCAGAUGUUGGAUGAAAACCAUAGUAAAUAUAAAUUCAUGGAAUAUAACUUGGUUAACAAGAGGAGACGGUUGAAGGCACAGAUUCCUGACCUAGAGAGAGCUCUAGAAAUGAUCAAAAAACUUCAAUUAGAGAAAAACAACAGCAAAGAUUUAGAAACACGAUUUCUUUUGUCUGAACAAGUUUAUGCAAAAGCUGUUAUUCCACCUACCGACAAAGUCUGUUUAUGGUUAGGUGCUAAUAUAAUGUUAGAGUAUACCCUGGAUGAUGCACAAGAAAUGUUAUCGAAGAACAUUGAGGCAGCAAAAAGGAAUUUGGGUUAUGUGGAACACGAUUUAGAUUUUGUCAGAGAUCAAUUUACGACAACAGAAGUAAAUAUGGCUCGCAUCCAUAAUUGGGAAGUAAAACGUAGACAAGCAGGAGCGAGUAAAGCAACAUAAAUUUUUUGUUCUUAUUUUUAAUUUGUAAUGAUUGCCUAAAACCCAACAAGUAAUUCUUUUAAAAUUCAAACAUAUACAAAUCCGUUUUACAAUGUAGGUGAUAUUGUCAAGAAAAACGCCUGUAACUGGAAAACUAUAUCUGGAAAUGUCAAUGGAACAAAGAAUUCAAACAUGUUUAGGUUAUAAGCUAGUUACACCAAUAUUUAUGUAUAUUGUCACAAAUAUAUCUGAAUUCUAAUUUGA